CCGUUCGAUCGCAGUUGACACUUUCAAGCUGUGUAACUGAGCAGUAAAAGUUAUUAUGGUAGGACCUAAUUUAUUAAAUUUGUUUUCCCCUAUGGAUUAAGGUUAAAGCUUCUAUGGUCAGAAGCGAUAUUUAGUAUGGAAAGUAUGGAAGCAAAAAUUUGAAAGGGAAAAACGGUGUGUACAUUACCUUGUUCCUGAUAUCCAAAGUUCCGUUUUCCUGUGCAAUUUUAAUGAAAACAUGAAUCUAGAUCAGACUAAUAUUAAUAAAACCCCAGUUGAAGGGUUUUUGGCUCAAAUGAAAGUGGUAAUGACUGACUUAAAAGAAAGCUCAUGUCAGAAUGACCAAAACUCAUCUGGCAUUGUGACUAGAAAAUGUAGUUCACAAAAUGAAACAGAUCCUUGUUUAUUGAGGAAUAAUUCGAAUCCCAACACAGUUGAAAAUCUGAAGAUCAAGAAUUCAUUCCAAAAAACUAAAGCUAAUAGCAGUAAUAGCACACUGCAUCUUUCUGAACAUCAACGAAAGCUACAAUGCCACCACAUCCCAGAAGAAGCUCAGCACUAUGACAUUGGACCAUUGCUGUCUCGGAUGGACAAACAUGAAUCAAGGAAGAGGCCAGAUAUGAAUGGGUCAAGUAUAGCAGGACAUAAUCUUAAACCAAACACCAGUGCAAACCUGCUUUAUCCAUCAGAGUCGCCUUCCACUGUUUUAGGCAAUCCAAUCUUACACCAAACUGCUAGCAUUUCCAAAAGACCUAGAUCAGAUAAUUUAGAUUCUGCAUAUGAUCCACCAGCAGGUGAUAAAAACUGUAGUGAGGAUUCUUUUCAAUUAUCACGCUCACUCAAACGGCUAUCGAGAGAGGAACUGGAGCGGAUCAUCUUGGGGCAUAUGGCUGGCUUUUUUUCUACUUACAAACCGUAUGUUGACGUGGAACGGGAAUUGGAUAACUGUAAAAAAACGGUCGAACGUCUGCGACAAAAGAACAACUUACUUAGCAAAGAGGUGGCAGAUCUGACAAUCGUAUUAAAAUCAUUCGUGACUCAAAAUGCAACACGGUUUGAACCACCAACCAAAAGAUAUCGUUCUGUUGGUGUUCAAGUAAAAGCUUCAAGAAAUGUUGACAACAGUAAAUUAGAGGAAAACGGUUUCCAAGUAUUCUCUGUUGAAAAAAAGAUCGAUGGAAGUAGAAAUGUCGCGCCAAAUCAUGAGACGGCUGCAUCGCGUUAUCCACAAUUUGAACGAAAUGGAGAACUUUCUUUGAUAGUUUCCCAAAGCAUGACUAACACACCCCAGAAAGAAUUUACAGACACUGAAAGAAUAAAUGGAAGGCAACAUUCUACGAGAAAAACAACAGAGGAAGCUAGAGCUGAAGAUGAUGACCUUAUGGUAAUGUUUGUUAAGCCGUCUAAUUCUUCACAGUCUGGCGAUUCAGGAGCAGAGCACACGCCCAUUCCUUCUUCCUCUAAAGCACUAGAUCAUCCGAUGGAAUCGGUUGUACCUAAACCGGUUGUCACCGUAAUAAAAACGGUUGAAAAUAGUAUUCCUGCCAUUCGCAUCGCUUGGAAAAUAUCUGAGGAACCCUAUCAUGCCAAAAUAGCUUCGUAUUGUGUUUUUCUCUUGAAAGAAAUUAAGAACGGUUUUGGCGAAAGUUGGAAUUCAAUUAGUGGAGACAUUUCACGAAUGUCGUACAGUUUCCGUAUAGGCCGCGCUGGCAACGUACGAAAGAGCUACCAAUUCAAAGUAAGAGCAACCGACGUUCAUGGACGGUCCGGCCCAUUUAGUGACAUAGUGGUCGCCACUUUCCCGUAAUUAAUACGCCAGUCUACAUAUUUGAAGUCAUCGUCUUAAUUCUUUACUUCAAAUAAAUCUGAUGAUUCUAAAAAUGAAGCAACAGUUCAAUCGUGAAUCGGACUUAGAAUUCACUUGUAAACACUAAUGCUCACACCAGACUUGUAAUUAACUCAGAAUACCUUAUUGUAACUGUCCAUCCUAGAACUAAAUUUUGGUUUCAUUGCUAAAUUACAUGUGCGUUUUGUGUGAAUCCGUUAAUAAAAAUCACCACUGAAUUCUUAAAAAA